UCUAUUUUUUGAUAAUGGCUGAAUUUGGCAUUUUGCUUAAGCCAUAGAAUUCGGACAACAUGGAUUUCGGGAAGAAACAAACAAAUAUUGUUCCUAAAAAUAACUGGGUUUUUUGCAGUCAACUCUGUAACACAAAUUUCUUCUAAAAAAACCCAAUAUGAAAAGGUCAAACAAAAAUGGUUUUUAGUCACCCAAAAAUAACUAAGUUUUGCCAAACUCCAGGUUAAAUAAAUAUAAAAGAGCAGUUAAGCAAUAAACAAGAGAUCUGAAGGGAAAAAGAAAGAAAGAAAAAAGAGAGGAGAUGGAUUCUGGGUUAUCAUGGGCUGACCAGUGGGACACUAAUCCUGAUCCUUCACCAGCAGAGCCUGACAAGAAGAAGAAGAAGAAGAAAGAGGAAGGUUCCACCAAGAGCAAGUUUAGCAAGUCAGUGCUGAGUUUCAAAUGGAUUAAAGAAUUACGUAAGAAAGCAGAGCAAAAAAAUAAUGACGGCAAAUAAGAACAUAUGAAAACCCUAUCUCCAUGGAUCCUUCCAAAUUUUAACUUCAACUGUUACUAGAACUUUUAUAUUCUUUUUUUUUAUCCCUUUCUGGAUCAAAGAUGAGAUUUAUGUGAACAAAUUAAAAAAAAAUGUUGUUUUCAUCUUAUAUUGUUCAUUGGGUAAAUUAUAUAGGAGUUUUUAUUUAUUGGAUAUUAAUUUAAGUGUAAUAUAAUUAUGUUUUCAAAGG